AUGGCUGAAUCCUGGCGUGACAUCGUGGCCGAUGGCCCCGUCCCCAGCGGCCGGCAUGAGGGUGUUUGGCCCCUGGACGAGCACAACGUCCGGCUACUGGAUGCAGUGCACCCGCGCAGUUGGCCCGCACCUUCCGCAGAGGGCGUGAUCUACGACCUCGUGGCUGUGGGCGCCGGUGCCGGUGGCCUAGUCUCGGCGAAGCAGUCGGCGCGCCGCGGUGCCCGGAGUGCCCUCAUCGAGCAGCACCUGGCCGGCGGGGACUGUUUGAACGUCGGCUGCGUCCCCUCCAAGGCGCUCCUGCGAUGUGCGCGGGCCGUGGCCGAAGCACGCAGGACGGAUUUGGGCUUCCUUGGCGAGUCGCAGGUACAGGCGCACUUCGCGAAGGUCAUGGAACGCAUGCGAAAGCUUCGGGCAGACAUCGCUCCAGUCGAUUCGCACGAGACAUCCAAAGCAGUAGGCGUCGAUGUCUACAUGGGCACUGCCACCUUCACUGGGAAGCACGAACUGGAAGUUGGAGGCAAGACGCUGCGCUUUCGCAAAGCUGUCAUUGCCACGGGCGGUAGGGCCAAAGUGCCCCCAAUUCCAGGUUUGGAUCAAGUGCCCUACCUCACGAACGCGUCGUUGUUCAAUCUGUGCGAGCUUCCUCCGAGGUUGGUCGUGGUGGGUGCAGGGCCGAUUAGCCUAGAGAUGGCCCAGGCGUUUCAACGAUUUGGGAGUGAAGUGACGGUUUUAGAAGUCGCACCCCAAAUCAUGGGCUUGGAAGAUGACGAUGCUGCCAAGUUGCUGCGCGAAGUACUGGAGGAAGAGGGCAUUCGAAUUCACACUGGAUGCAAGAUCUCCGGCAUGUCCUCAACUUCAGCCCAAGCACCAAAACAGGGGUGGCCGGAGAUUCGCAUCAACAUCUCUGUAGACGGUGUGGACAGCACUGUGGUCGGCGAUGCCCUUCUUAUCGCUGCUGGCAGAGUGCCCAACGUGGAGGGCCUGGGUCUCGAGGCUGCGGGUGUGGAGUACACCCCUGGCGUCGGCAUCAAGGUCAACGACGACCUGACGACCUCCAACCCCGACAUCCUCGCCAUCGGCGAUGUCAUCGAGCGGCCGGACACGCGAUUCACUCACAUGUCGGGCACCAUGGCCGGUAUGGCCGUCCAGACUGCCUUGUUCCCUGACAAAGGCCUGCCAGUCAAUGCUCCAUCAAGGAAACUCUCGGAAAUCGUGGUUCCGCGGUGCACGUACACCGAGCCGGAGGUCGCUUCCUGCGGCGUCUCCAACGAGAAGAUCGCAGCGAAGCAGGGCCUCGACGUGGAGGUUUACAUGUCCGGCCUGCAGCAUAACGACCGCGCCAUCCUAGAGGGUUCCACCAGAGGGUUGGUGAAGAUUCUGUGCCGCCGGGGCACGGAGGAGAUCGUUGGAGCUACCGUUGUAUCGGAGGGCGCUGGGGAGAUGUUGGCGGAGCUCACGCUGGCGGCUCAGAACGGCUUGGGCUUGUCGCAAGUUGCCAGAACCGUGCACCCAUACCCGACGAUGGGAGAAGCCAUCCAGCAAUGUGCCUUGAACUACAACCGUGCCCGUUGGGCUAAGUUGGAGAAGGAGGCUCGUGUGUGCUCAUCGGAGGUCUCGUGGCUAUUGUUUUGUUCUGGUUUCGGGUUGAGGGUUCGUCUUCAAGGCUUUAAGGCGUCAUACGGGUUUAGGGGCAGGGUUCUUAGGGCUGAGUGGUUUUUGGGUCAAGGUUGGCGGAUUCGCGCUUGGGCUCAUAAUUCUUGCUUUUGUUACUGUCAGAAUGUGAUAGGUUGCCCCGUUGAUUCAGCCGCCUGCGAAUUAUUGAAUUGCCAAGCAGCUGAAGAAGGCUUUGCCAAGCCGAGGGCCCGACGAAGUGUUCAAUACGUUCAUCCUCAAGUCAGCAGCCACGCCUACAACAAAUUUAGGGAAACUUUGGUUCAGCAGAAUGUUUUACCCAGGAAUUUCUCAACAGAAAGUAAGGUUUGCGGCAAUCUUGUCUGUCCCGCGGACCGCCUGUAA